UGUACAUAUAAAAGCAUUUUAUGCAGAUACUCACAGUUGAGUUUCUAAACUCUUACAGUGAAUAAUAAAAUAUUUUAUAAUAUUAUAAAAAAAAUAACAAAACAAUAAAAACAAAAUAUAUAAACUUAUAUUUAUAACGAAUUGUUACAAUAAUUUGUCAAAAUUUCACAAAUACUUUGUAUUUCUGCUUUUCUUCUCCUUCUUAUUUUACCCUCUCCCACACUUUCUGUUAGCCAGCCUAAAACCGCUAACACCAUGGCCGAUACACAAUUCAAUAAAGGUUUGGAGUCAUUUGGCAUUCGUCUAUUCUCGGAAUUGGUAAAGAAGAAUCAGGGUAAAACAAUAGUAUUUUCUCCAUUCUCUAUACAAACAUGCAUUGCUAUGGCACGUAUGGGAGCCGAGGGUAAGACCGCCCAAGAAAUGGAUCAGGGUUUGGCGCUUACCGUUCAAAACCCAGAAGAGUUGGCUAACAAUUAUCAUGCUAUAUUGGAGUUAUACGAAAACAGUCCUAUUCUUAAAAUAGCCAAUAAGAUUUAUGUCAUGGAGAGCUAUGAAGUGCAGGAGAAAUUCAACGAAUUGUUGACCAACAAUUCUUUUCAGCUGUUUGAGUCUGUUAAUUUUGCCAAUAAAGAUGCAGCAGCCAAGACUAUAAACACUUGGGUGGAAAAAAAAACCAAUAAUUUGAUUAAAGAUUUGAUAAAUCCACAGAUUUUGGGUGCCGAUACACGUUUGGUGUUGGUUAAUGCUAUACUUAAGGGUGAAUGGGUCAAUAAAUUCCCCGAACGUGCCACCCGAGAAAUGGAUUUCUAUUUAGAUGAGACCAACACUGUUAAAGUGCAAAUGAUGCAUAUAAAUGAACGUUUCAAUUAUGGAGAAUUUCCCGAAUUAGAUGCCACCGCUUUGGAAAUGCCUUAUAAAGAUUCUGAUCUUUCCAUGUUGAUCAUUUUACCCAACUCACGUACCGGUUUGGCUGAUUUGGAGGAAAAAUUGAAAAUGUCUCGUUGCCCUGAUUUAACCAAACGCAUGUUUAAUACCAAAGUUAUUGUGGAUAUGCCUAAAUUUAAGGCUGAAUUUGAAGUUGAACUAACUGAGGCCUUGAAAAAUUUGGGCAUGAAUCGCAUGUUUACGGGUCAAGCUGAAUUUGGUAAAAUGUUAAAAUCCGCUGAACCUUUACAAGUAUCCAAGGUCAUUCAUAAAGCUUUCAUUGAAGUCAAUGAAAAGGGCACUGAAGCUGCUGCUGCUACCUCCACGGUUAUAAGAAAGAAACGAGCUCUUGUAGAUAUGUCCGAUAUUAUAGAGUUUAACGUUGAACAUCCAUUUGUGUUUAAGAUUCUACAGAAAACUUCAUCUGAAACCACCACAACAUCUUCUACAAAUUUAGUUUUAUUUGCGGGUAAAAUUGUAAAAAUUAAUGAAAUUAUUAAUUCGGCAACUUUAAAUUAAGAUUAGAACUUUAAGUUAAAAAAAAAAAAAAACCGUUUUAUAAAGAAUAUUUUUGAAGAAUUAAAAACCAGCUGAAAAUUUUGCAUGCAAAAAAAA